CCUCUUUCUUUCUCUCCUCCUUUUUUUCCCCUUCAUUCUCUUCAAACAAAAUGAAGACGAUCAGUAAUCCAUACGUCGUCACAGCUUUGGGCUGUGUUGGCGGUCUGUUGUUUGGUUUCGACAUUGCUUCCAUGUCUGCCAUCUUGCCAACAGCAAAUUAUAAAGUUUACUUUAAUGGCGGUAAUGAUCCUCCUUCCCAAGCAGUAGGCAAGCCACUAGGUUGGUUAGAUUCUACCGGUCCUUCUUCUGACGUUCAAGGUGGAAUCACUGCUUCAAUGGCAGGUGGUUCUUUCUUGGGUGCCAUUGUUUCCGGUUUAUUGACGGAUAAACUUGGUCGUCGUAAUUCCAUCUUUGUUUCAACCAUCAUCUUUGUUAUUGGUUCAAUCAUCACUUGUGCAGCUCAAGCAAUCGGUAUGUUGGUCGUCGGUCGUUUGAUUUGCGGUUUCGCAAUCGGUAUCGCUUCCGCUCAAGUUCCAGUUUACAUUUCCGAAUUAGUUCCAAGCAGAUUACGUGGUCGUUUGGUCGGUUGUCAACAAUGGGCAAUCACCUGGGGUAUCAUGGUCUUCUACUACGUUUCCUUAGGUUGCUCUUAUGCUGCCCCUCAAGAUGGUCGUCGUACGAUCACUUUCCGAUUACCCUGGGCUUUGCAAAUGAUCCCUGCCAUUUUUCUCAUGUUCCUGGUUCCCUUCAUGCCACGUUCUCCUCGUUGGCUAGCAAGCAAAGGCCGCUACGAAGAAGCACGUCAAGUUUUGGCCUUGGUCCAUGCAAAAGGUGAUGUUUCUUCUCCUCUGGUUCUUGCAGAAAUGAAGGAAAUUCAAGACUCAAUUGAAGCUGAGUCUGGUAAAGGAAGUGGAUUCACAGACUUGUUCAAAGGAAGGAUGUUGUACCGAAUCCAUAUCGGUAUCUUCACUCAAAUUUGGUCUCAAUUAACCGGUAUGAAUGUUAUGAUGUAUUACAUCGGCUACGUCUUCCAAAUGGCAGGUGUGAGCGAUACAUCGCAAGCGGUCGUUUCAAGUUCGAUUCAAUAUGUUAUCAAUGUUGUUAUGACAGUGCCCGCUUUGAUUUGGAUUGACAAAUGGGGUCGUCGUCCAACACUUUUGAUCGGUGCAGCUUUGAUGGCACUUUGGUUGUUCAUCAACGCAGGUAUUAUGGCACAACAUGGUCAUUAUGUCACCGAAGCAGAACGUCAAGCAGAAGGUCUUUCUCAAUCCGUUGCGUGGCGCGUUGAUAUUACUUCUGGAAAGGCAGUCAUUGCAAUGUCUUACUUGUUCGUUGCAUCUUAUGCUCCAACUUGGGGACCUGUUUCAUGGGUUUACCCACCCGAAUUGUUCCCAACCCGUCUUCGUGGAAAGGCCAAUGCAAUUUCUACCUGUGCAAACUGGAUUUUCAACUUUGCUUUGGGUUACUUUGUUCCACCCGCAUUCGAAAACAUUCAAUGGAAGGUGUACCUCAUCUUUGGUGUCUUCAACGUUGCCAUGUUCAUCCACGUGUUCUUCUGCUUCGUUGAAACAAAAGGAAAGACUUUGGAAGAAGUCGAAGAAGUUUUCAACUCUGGAUUGCAUGCAUGGCAAACACGCAAACUUACAGAGACAAGUCGUGUCGAACAGAUGGCUACCGCUAUCGCACAAGGUGAAAAGGUCGAGAACCUUGAUCGCGCUGUUAGCCCAUCCGAACAUGAUGUCAAGAGUCCAGACUCUGAGCUUUCAGACAAGCAGCUGGGCGGCACUACUCAUGUUGCUUAAAUGCAAACAUAGUUUUGAUGAAUGGAUUUUCAAAUUUGGGGCUUUGAAGAAGAAAAAAAAACUUCAGAAAACAUUAUUUUGGUCAAUUCUUUGAUCAUUUCUACGACACAAUCACGAGAAGCAUAACGACAAAUACUCUUCACAUAUUCCCCUUUUUCGUCAUCAUCUCCACUGUUUGUAUCUCGUAACGAAUAUUCAACAUUUUUCUAGAUUCAUGUUCCCAUCGCCGUGAAAGUGAAAUUGUAGGAUGGUGGUGUGUGUUCUCUUUUGUCGCGUGUAAAUGCGUUACACUUCCAUACAGCAUACUUAUAUAAAAUUGUGUGACAAUCUAAUUCAUCUUUGCUUGGGGGCUCACUUUGAGAAUCUUUCCGAAAGGUUACCUUACUCUUUUUUCUCUCCU